AUGUCUUCCUCAUUUGAUCCUAAUAACGUGAAUUUGACUUCAGUGGACUUCGCCCAAGUGGUCUGCUGGAAUCAGCUCGGGGGAAAUGAGUACGAUGGCAUGCUUGGUGCUCGCAUUUCUUCCAUCUUUGUUAUCUUUGUCAUCUCGACAGCGGUUACGUUCUUCCCUGUGGCCGCGAAACGAGUCCCGCGGCUGAAGAUUCCCCUCUAUGUCUAUCUGUUCGCUCGUUACUUCGGCACUGGUGUGAUCAUUGCCACAGCAUUUGUUCAUUUGUUGGAUCCUGCCUACGAAGAGAUUGGUCCUGCCAGUUGUGUUGGAAUGACGGGCAACUGGGCGCAGUACUCUUGGCCCCCUGCCAUCACACUGACGUCGAUCGUCUUUGUGUUCCUCAUGGACUUUGGCGCACAGUUAUAUGUUGAGUCCAAGUAUGGACCCUUGGAAGAAGACCCAAGAGCUAGUAUUGUUCAAGAGACGCACGAACAUCAACCCUCCGAGGAAGUUCCAACUACGACCAUCGAGACGAAGAAGGACUCGGCAUGGGACAGUCAAGACUUUAAAGACUCUGCGGCAGCGGAGAGAUCGUUCCAGCAACAGAUAGCUGCCCUCCUCAUUCUUGAAUUCGGUGUCAUUUUCCAUUCGGUGAUCAUCGGCUUGAAUCUUGGAGUUGUCGGCGACGAGUUCAAAACUUUGUACCCCGUCCUUGUGUUCCACCAGAGCUUCGAAGGAUUGGGUAUUGGUGCCAGAAUGUCCGGUAUUCCUUUCAAGCGAAACAGCUGGCUUCCUUGGAUCCUAUGCAUGAUGUACGGUUUAACCACGCCCAUUUCCAUCGCAAUUGGACUCGGCCUGCGAACAACAUACAAUCCCAAUUCGAUCACAGCGAACAUAGUGUCUGGCGUCCUCGACUCGAUCUCCGCCGGUAUCCUGAUGUACACCGGGCUUGUUGAACUGCUAGCUCGGGACUUUUUGUUCGAUCCUUGCCGCACGAACAACAGGACCCGUUUGGCAUUUAUGACUAUAUGCACAAUUCUCGGCGCUGGUAUCAUGGCACUUGUCGGGAAGUGGGCAUAG